AUGAGAACAGUUAAAAUUUUUCUAUUAAUUUGUAUAAUAAUAAAUAAUAUAAUAAAAUGUGAGAUAAAUUCCUUUGAAAAUGUGAAAGAAAUAACCAAAUCAAUUGAUGAAAAUAUUAUGAAUGUAUUAGAUUCAGUUAGUGUAAGUCAUUCAAUAAAGACAGAAAAAAAUAUUUUAAAUGAUUUAUCUAAUUAUAUGCAAUUCUUAAAAGAAUUGAGUUUAUUAGAUAUCGAAGAUAUGGAAUAUGAAGGUUUUUUAAAUAUUGAUAAAACAGAUAAAAAGAGAUAUAAUAAGAAUAUUACAUUAAAAUAUUCUUCUAGAAAUGGUUAUAAAAAUAAUAUUAAUGAUGUAAAAAAAGAAGUAAAUAAAAGUUUAUUUUUAAAGAACUAA